AGAUUUGAAUAUUUUUAAGAAAAUUUCUAUAAUAUACACACACACACUCUCUGACUAUGGUCGAUGGUGCCGCGCUGCACGUUUGCCCGCACAUAACACUGAAGAUGCAAUCGGCCGAUGGGGGCGUGGUGCUGUUUCGCAUACGUCGCCUGAUGCCGUUGGGCGAGCUGAAGGCUGCGUAUUGCUCGCAAAUGGGCUUGGCCAAGGAUUUGGCUAGCCUCUUCUUCGAUGGCGAGCAAAUCAAUGACAACGAAACGGCCAACUCAUUGGAGCUGCAGGACGAGGAUCUAAUGGAUGUGCUAAUGAAGCAACAGUUCGAAGCGGGCGAUGCGCCGGCGCUGGCCAUGGAUAUGUCAAUUAGCUAAGAGCAGCCAGCAGCAAAAACAAAUCAAAAAGCAACAACAGCUGCACAAAAGCCUU